AUGUCACCGGAGACAGAUUCGAACGACCAUGUGCCGCUUGAGUUUCUGCUCGGUGCACGUCUGAAGCACUACUACCAAGGCACUUCAACAGGCAAAAAUCAAGGACGUGGCAACAAAACAAAGCGUAUUUUCGCACCAGCGGUCCACCCACGAAGACGAGAGGAGCAGGCUCGACAAUUGUUGCAACGCGUCUUGGAUCAGAAUGACCCACGUAGACUCGAUGGUCCGUCCGAAUCGGAAAUUCGAGGCGAACCUGACAAGCCAUCACUACUGAAAGCUCUUACUGAAGCUGGCCAAGAAGUCUUCGAUAGCGUUCAGUUGAGCUUGGAGAAUACAAGCCUUAGUCCUGCUCGAAUCAAAACGUUGCAACAACUUCGUGACGAGGAAUUAAGGCGGCAAAACCAGCGGGUUGCCAGUUUCCACGGCUAUGAAGAAGACAGACCUUUCUUAGGUGUCACAGGGGCUGCUGCGCACGUUCCACGCACUAAUACUAAACAGCUUCGAGAUCUCAAAGCAAAAAAACAAUUGAAAGACGAGGAAAGGCAAGAAUUGCUCGAAGUUCUACGGGAACAGCAAACUUUUACGCGAACAGCGCUCCAUCAACACCAGCAACUUACAAAAGUACUUCAACGACAGAAACAUCCAGGUGUGGUAUCCACAAGCCUGUUAUCCCUCGACUGUAUCGAGAAGGAUAGUAACAUCCGUGACGAAAUAGCUGGACGGAAGACUAUGCCGCCGUUGCAGCUUCCAGAGUCGUACUACAGACAGCAUCAGCAUCAGGAGCUGGAGCAUCCACGACGACCCGCCUUAGCAACACUGAACUUGGAUGCACGAGCGUUGUCUCCAAAAAAUGCAUCUGGUUGCGAUAGAUCGUCUCUAUCUACGAACGAAGAAGAUGAUUCGGACGCAGAUGAAGACAGCGAACAAGUUGGAAAACGCUUAAGUGAUCGACAACGCGAGGUAUUUGCAAACAGUGCAGCCAACGGGUUAUUCCUCGGUGGAGGUUUUAUCUCCAAAACGAAAGACAAGAAAAUCAAUCCAAUUUCGAUCAGCAACUCAGGCAAUGAACCCGAUAAAGCUGAGGUCCUUGACGCUGUGCUCGGUGCUCAGUCUGCCUCUAUUCUUCCACUAGCUGAAGCGAACAAGCCAGCACUUCGUCGUCGUGAAGCAAGUGCAGGUCGUCGACAUCCUAAAAUUCUUCACAAAGCUCCAAAUAACGGAUAAAAAUGCCUCAUUCAACAUCUCAUCAUUUAUUUAUCACAGAGUGAUGUUCGUCACAGGAGGAAGAGGACGGCACCUCACUGCUGUUCCAUAGCAGAUAACUGAGCAAUGCAUACCGAACACCAGUCGGUUCAUUGUCGUAUUCGAGUCGAACCGGACGUUAAUGACUGCCGUGGCUCCCUGAGCUCUAGCCGCGUACUGCACUCGAUGUACCGCCUCAGCCAUCGUCUCGUUCAUCAACGAAGUGUACGACGCAGCUUCGCCACCCACGAGUCCCGCUAGAGCCACAUACAUGUCACUAAUGACGGACUUGGAGCGCACAGCCACAGCCGACACCAUUCCGAACUCCUCCAGCACUUCUCGCCCUUUAAUGUGACCACCUGCAGCAAAAAAUAAAAAUUAUUGUAAUUUGUUGGUUGAA